GGUCGGUUCCGUCUCUAUAGAUUUGAGGAGUUAUCUUCUACAAUCACUACCUUAAGCUUUCAUAUUUAUUUUCAUAAGACAUUGUCGAUAUUGUGUUCAUCUAAAUGGGGGAUGCAGAAAGUGCCCUUCCUUUGUCCAAGAAGAGAGUUGCUGGUAGACAAAUCUCUAAGGAUAAUCCUGAUCCAGAUGAUGAUGCUCCAGAGCCAGAGACGAGGACUUUCCAAAGAGCCAGUGAGGAAGUGAUGGCAACCAGGAGAAUUGUCAAGGUUCGGCGCCAUCAACCUGCAUCAUCUACUGGUUCCAAUCCUUUUGCUGGUAUUUGCUUGGUUCCUCCAACCAAUUCCAGUGCAAAGACAACUAGCCCUGCUGACCAGCCUCAAACUGGUGCAGAUACAAAAGCCUCAGAAGAACAAAACAGUAAUAAUGAAAAGACUGGAAAAUCUGGUGAAGAAGAAAAGGAAAGUGAAAGUGGAUCUGUAGUGAAUGAAACAGAGGGGACGGGAGAGAAUAACAGAAAGUUAGCAGAAGACAUUACUGAUGUGUCAGCAGCUAAGAGUGAUGAAAAGGUCAAAAGUGAUGCGAAAGAAGAGGUAAGUCAACCAGUGGAAAUGGGUAAGGAAGUGCAACAUGGAGGAAAAGAAGCUGAGAAAGAAGCAGCAGCUGAGGAAGAUGGGAAAGAAACUAAGAAAAAGGCUGACGGUGAAACUGAGACAGCAGUUGGAGAAGAAAGUGAGAAAGAAAAGCAGGAAAAUGAAGAGAAAGAUACCACGGCGCCAGCUGGACCGUUUAGUUCAUUUCAACAGUUGUCUAGUAGCCAAAAUGCAUUUACAGGGCUUGCAGGAACUGGCUUUUCGAAGUCUUCAUUUUCCUUUGGUUCAAUAGCCAAAGAAGGAUCUACAUCUGGCACUAGUUCUGGAUCUCUUUUUGGGCUUACCAACAAUGGUAGUUCUUUCACUUCAUGGCUCGGUACUGCACCAGAUGCCUCUAAAAGUGGUAGAUUUUCCAUGCAGGAGGUGCCCAUUGAGACAGGUGAAGAGGAUGAGAAGGCAGUGUUUGCUGCUGAUGCUAUAUUAUACGAGUAUUUGGCGGGAGGGUGGAAGGAAAGGGGGAAGGGAGAGCUUAAAGUGAAUGUCUCUCUAUCUGAUUCUGAAAAGGCUAGGCUUAUUAUGAGGGCUAGGGGCAACUACAGGCUGAUCUUGAAUGCAAGCCUUUACCCAGACAUGUCGUUCACUAGUAUGGAUAAAAGAGGCAUAACUUUUGCUUGUGUGAAUAGUGCCGGUGAAGGAAAGAAUGCUCUCACCACAUUUGCUCUGAAAUUCAAGGACAGUAGCAUGGUGGAAGAGUUCCGAGGAGUGGUCACGGCACACAAAGGAAAGAAGGACCCUGUACUGAAGACACCUGAGAAUUCCCCCAAGGCAUCUGAUGAUUGAAAUGGUAUAUGGCAGUGCGGAAAUAAUUUCCUUCAAAGAAUUGCCUGGGUCUAAUGUUGCUGGAACUGCUACUAGAAUUUUGGUUGUGAUCUCAGUAAGAUGUCUCAUUUUAUGGUUGGGCUUUAAGCUGUAGGGCCGAAACUUAACUACUAAAACUCCAGUCUUUUACAGAACGGUUCAUCCUUUUAUGUAAUUUCUAGAAGAGAACCACAAUUAUGGUUCCUAUUGCAGUGUAGUUGCUCUCAGUUUUUUGUUUUGCCAUGGCUCAUGAUGUUUAUUAUUUUAAAUUUCAAAUGGGACCAAAAGUAACACCAGGUAUGGUUCUUCUGAUGGACUGCAUCUCAUUGGAAAAUUAGGAAUUGUAUUUGCAUGAUUUUCUU